UUUUUAUUUUUUGGGUAAAACGGAUUGCCAUAACAAGGGUUGAAAAUGUUUCUAGUUGGUAUCACAGGGGGCAUUGCAAGCGGAAAAUCUACAACUGCCAAAAUCUUCAAAGAAAAUCAAGUUCCAGUUAUUGAUGCAGAUGUCUUUGCUCGCCUUAUUGUCCAACCUGGGCAGCAAGCUUGGAAGGAAAUUCAUGAUGCUUUUGGAAAUGAAGUUUUUCUUGAGGAUGGUCAGUUAAACAGAGAGGCACUGGGCAAAAUUAUUUUUUCUGAUAUCGAAAGAAGAAAGGUUCUAAACAAAAUAACUCACCCAAGAAUCCAGAGACUGAUGUUUUGGGCUGUUCUGAAAUAUUUCAAAAAUGGCCACAAAUUUGUUGUACUUGACAUACCACUUUUGUUUGAAACUGGAACAUUACUGCCAUUUCUUCAUAAGAUCAUAACAGUAUCUUGUGACGAAAAGAUUCAGCUGAAAAGAUUGAUGGAAAGGAAUGCUUAUGAUGAAGAAGAGGCCAAGCGAAGAAUUGCCUCACAGAUGCCCCUUUCCGAAAAAUGCCAUCAAUCACAUUUUGUGGUCGACAAUUCUGCGAGUACUGAUGAGACUAGAAAGCAAGUGGAAAAAAUUGUGUCUUACCUUCAGGCUUCUAAUCAUCACAUUCAAGUCCGAAUUUAUUUGGGAAUCUGCUUAACCAUAUUUUGUGGUCUGUGUGGCCUAUUUUCUUUCUUAGGGUACAAACUGUUCACCUACAAAUCAUAAUAUAUUGCAAAGGAAGUUAAAUUAAAACUCCAUAACAAUA